AAGCGGUACAUUCCUUUCAGCUGGUGAUAAAAACUUUCUCUCGCUCUCCCUCGCUCUCCCUCACUCUCCCUCGCUCUCCCACGUCACGGAAGCAGUAAAAUAAAGCACAGGAGGAGGAAGUGAGAGGAUAAUGAAUUUUGGAUGUUUGUGAUACGUCAGAAGGUUUCACUCAUUUCCUGUCGAGAUGUUGAGCAACGGCAACCCUCCGAUCCGGCAGGCAAGUUGGCGGCAGCGAUGGCGGUGGCGGCGGCAGCGGUGGUGAGGUGGACGGCAGGGACAGAGGGGCAGUACAGGCUGCGGACAUCAAGGAGAAGAGGAACGCACGGACAAGCAAGGUGGCACUCGGCAGUCUGAUCCUGGACCUGCGCAGCUUGACGGUGGUGGUGCCUCUGUCUCCUGCUCUCCUUGACUAUUACCCCAAGCAUGACUCCAGCGGCUUGUAUUCCUCUGUGUGGUAAUAAGUCUGUGUGGCUUAUUACCAGCAUAUCAUCAGCGUCCCUGCAAGGUUCCAUUCUGUCUUGUCUGGUGGUAUGUGGGGCCUAAUGAUGAUGAUUCCUGCUUUCAUCCUCAUCGGGGCUAACGAGACCAACCUGGGGCUGUACUCUGGACUGACGCUGUAUGCCAUAGAGACCGGCGUGCCCUUGUGCCUCCCCUGCUGCGGCUGUUGUCCCUGGUCCACGGUCUGAACUUCCAAGCCGGCUGCCGAGUGGGGCGGUUGAACUACGACGACUUUUACAUCCCAGAAAUUGCAGAGAAAAUUGAUAUUAGGAAUGAUUACUUGAACUGGAUGAACAGCAGGCUUCACCCGAUGUCCAGGAGGGAGAGUCCAAUCCUGUUCUGUGAGUAUCCAUUCUUGUUCGACCCUCAGGCCAAGAUGCUGCUGCUCAGGUGUGACGCCACUCGGCAGGGCGAAUGUUUCCCAGACCACCCGGUCAUACGCACGUUCUGGGAAGUAUUUCACAAACUCUCCCUGGAGCAGAAGAAGUUGUUUUUGAAGUUCCUGACGGGCACUGACAGGGUUCCUAUUCUGGGCCUGAAGGCACUCAAGUUGAUGAUCCAAAGCACAGCAGACGACAGCUUCCUUCCGGUCGCGCACACCUGCAUCACCCAGACUGUGGAACGUCUUCGCGUCCUCCGUCCCUCACAUCAGGGGGAUGGAUACCCAGGACGUGAAGUUAACAGCACACCACUGGAGGGGCUCGUUCCCAACCCUCCUGCUAACAAUAUUAACAUAAGUCCAUAAAGAAUGUAUAUAUAUGUAUAUAUAUCUUUAUAUUUAUA